UGAGAGGCCAUUUUGUUUAUUUCAUUAUCCGAGAAAAUAUUGUCCGAGUACGAUGGGUGCUUAUUUGUGCAAAUUAUAUUCCCUUAUUAGAAUUUCUAAGAUCAGUACAAUGGACAAGGCCUACUCUUGAGAAUCGUCAAUAAUCCAGAAAUACUAAAUUUUAACAGAUAAUCAAAUUUAAAUAAACAUUUAAUUCACCAUCCCUACUUAUAUAAAGUAAUUUUUCAAUAGUUGCAACAUUUUCUCGAGGUCUAGUGUAUUUUUAAACUAGCUUAUUUUCAUAUAGUUUUUUGGUUGAUAAGUAAUGGCAACUCAAGAGGACAGGUCUUUGUCAGCCGGAAUGUCAUUUCCCAAAUGGAUGAAGAGCCGAAUGGAUCAUAAAUUCGAUUUAGAUCAGAGCACGUUUUCACCUACAGGUCUCGAUGACACUUUCAUGUACCAUCAAAUAAAUCCAGUAACGAAAAAUGAUCCAGCAACAAUGACAGAUACGAAAAUUGUCACAGCAUCAUCAGGUCCAGCUCAAAAAGUCGAUUUUUCAAACCUCCAAGUCAAACCGCGACCCAGAGGCACCGACGACGGCUUCAAAAGCGAAGCAUCUCAAGUUGGCAGGUCGAUUUUGAGUGUGGCCAAUCAAAUUGUGUCUGGAAAAGCGUUGCCCGAAAACACUCCAGAGCCAGCAGCUGAAUGCGAAGAAUUAUUGGCCAAAUUCGAUCCUUACAGACGGAGAGGUAGCAGAUCUUUACCAGCUUCGCCUCUUGCUUCGCCUACAAGUAGAAGAAGGACAAACAAAUAUUUCACAGGCCCUUACGUUGAAACUGAUAAAUCCAAGGGCUGGAUUUUAUCUAGUUUGUUGGCAAAAAGGGAAAUCUCACAGUCAAUGAAUUUUAUCGGAGAAGAGAAAAAAGAAGAAAUGGAACACAUUGCAUCAGCCAUAAGUGUUGAUGAUGUUACAACUAAUAAAUCUAAAUCGCAAAUUUUCAUGGCAAAACCUUCAGAGUUAAGAGAAAUGAAUUUUUGGUCUCCAACUUCCAUGUAAACAAUUUACACUCUAUUAUUUAUUUAUAUUUGACUAUACGUUUCAUAUUUAGUAUUAUGUGCUGUAAUAAUUAAAAUAGGUUUUUUAUUUUUAGGUUUUGUGAAUGAUGUGAUGUGUUUGAAUGAUGUGAUGCAAUAAAAUUACUAUAUACAGCAUAAAUCUUUGAAAUUUCAGUUUUUUAUUUAUUGAUUUGCUAU